AUGGCAGUCAUUCUACAGAUAAAAUAUGAUGUGGUGGCACUUGAUGUUUACGUGUCCAUUUCCACUGUCCUGAUGGAUGUUCUAGCUGCAGUCACCGUUAUCGCUGUUCUGUGUAACGCUGUCGCACAAGACGAUGAAUACAGCUCCAAUCGUACCCUCCAGUUUAAUGACACUUCUACGGACACCUGUCGCUGGCUGAGCUGCCCACGUGGAAGAUAUUUACUAGAAGGUGACUGCGUCUACACUGAGUACAACAUAACAGAAAUAGAAUAUUGGUUUGAAGCUGCCUUUACUCUCCCCAUCAGCAACGGCACCAAACAGUACACAAAUCAAAGUCUAGAAAACAUGGUAUUUGGGUCGUUGUCAAGACUGUUUUCUAGAGAACAAGUUAGACUUUUUGAAGUUCAGAUAAAAACAUACGUAAGUAGGUAUACUCUGUUAGAAACAGUGAGCGUUCGCUGUGCCUUUCUACCGUUGGUUAACUUAAACAGAACAGUAUUUGAGGAAACCAUGACAAGUUCCAUUUUUCAAGACUGGUAUCUACAUACAAACCACACAGUGUUUUCACUGCGACCUGAGAACUAUGACAGUAAGGAUGUGAUGAAUACUACAAGGACGCGGAUAUACAUUCUGGAUCCGGAAACAGGCGAAUGUUGUCGACCACUAAGUAACGACACCAAACCCUCAGAUAUGGACGUCGAUCUUAUAACUGGUCGACUAACCAACGUUGUCCUCACACACGUACCGUACUGUCCAUACGUCAGGUUAAACCACACAGACUUCACACUGACUGAUGACGUCGUGUCACUGUUGUUUGCAGACGUGAAACUGACCAACGGAACUUACGUCAUACAACAGUCUGACCUGCUGGUCUGUCGUGACCUUGUUGUUGACCUGUACCAGUCUGCUACUUCCAAACCGGAACCAACAAUAGGGCCGAUCCCGUUCUUGGUCUGUACAUGCAUUUCCUUGUUUUGUUUAGCGCUGACCUUCAUCACGUUUUGCACGUUUUCGGAAUUGAGGACGCUGCCGACCAAGAACAACAUGUUCCUCGUCAUAUCCCUGUUCUUAGCCCAGGGGAUUCUCCAAUUCUCGUCGUUGCUCACAUUCAACAAAUUACUCUGCUCAGUCGUGGGUCUCAUCAUUCACUUGUUCUGGCUCACAGUCUUUCUCUGGAUGAACGUCUGCUCAUUUCACAUGUUUUACAUCUUUGUUAUUUCCAAAGUUUUGAUGGUGAACAGUAGAUCUCCGAAAUGGCUCCUCAGAAGGUACGUGAUCUACGUCUACAGCAAGGCAAUACUUCUUGUGAUCAGCAACAUGUUGGUCAAUGCAGCUUUCGGAACGGAGGUUGGCUACGGGGGUCCUUACUGCUAUCUGUGGCCAGGAGACGCAACAUCCAUCGCCAUGGUAGUCCCCAUUGUUCUCAUUUUGUCAGCAAAUGUUGUAUUUUUGGUCAAGACGAUUCUCGGCAUAUCUAAGGUUAAAGAGAUGAAGCGAGAAUCGGGCAGCGAGAGAAAUAACAUAUUUGUCUAUCUGAAACUGUCCAGUCUAACUGGUGUUGUGUGGCUGUUGGCAAUUAUGACGAUGGUGAUAGCAUACUCACCUCUGAAAUACGUCACGAUAGUGCUAAGCACAUGUCAAGGUGUCUUCAUCUUCUUCUCCUAUGUAGCAAACUACAGGACUUUAGCUCGUUGGGCUUCCCUUUGUGGAGUACCACUGAAGGAACAUUCUAGAACGAGCACAUCAGUCUAA